AUGGAACCCUUACGCCCGCUCUCCCCGCACUUCCGGUUCUCCCCGCACUUCCCGUUUUCCCCGCACUUCCCCGUUCUCCCCGCUCUUCCCGCUCUCUCCGCUCUUCCCGCUCUCCCCGCUCUCCCCGCUCUCCCCGCUCUCCCCGCUCUCCCCGCUCUCCCCGCUCUUCACACCGAUUUCCGGCCGGGGCCCUCUCCAAAGUUGCUGAAACGAACGAUUGCAACGAUCGCCACAAUGAGGGCCUCGCUCCCUCCCACCUGUAUGAAGAAGUGUUUUGAGACGUCUCAAAACCCUUUCUUCCUUCCUCUUUCCCGUGUCAGGUCGUUGGGACGAAUGGUUGCAACGAUCGCCAGAAUGAGGGCCUCGCUCCCUCCCACCUGCCUCCUCCUCCUUCUCCUCCUCGCCAUCGCCCUAACCACGCCUCUCCACACCACCACCGCCGCCGCCACUACCGGUAAAGGCGAGUGCUGGCGGGAGAAAAAAGAUCUGGAGGAGUGCAGAGCGGUGGAGAAGGUUGCGGCGGAGCGGAAGGAGGCGAUGGAGAUCAAGGCGAAUGCGACGGAGGAGGCGGCGCACAAGGGGCGGGACAGGAUGUUUGAGUGCAAGGAGAAGGUCGACCAGGACAAGGAGGCGUGGCAGAACGAGAAGAGCGAAAUCACUGCACGCAUCGCCACUCUGGACAAGAAGGCUAAGGAGCUGGAGGAACGGGUUAAUGCCCUGGACAAAGACUGCACGGUGCAGCUGUCCGACGGGGAGAGGCAGGCGCUAGCCGGCUGCACCGAGGAGAGUCUAAGGCUUCUCGUGAAGUACAGGCGCUGGAACAGAUGGAGGGAGUGGAGAGCCGCCUUGGAGGGUCUGGAUGAUGCCCAGGCGCCCAAGGCCCGUUUGCCGCGAAAGGGCAGAGUCCCCCGGGUCAUGCAUGAUGUUGAGGAGGUGGAGGCGACCACGCCCGCUACGGAGGACGAGCCUAUGGCUCUUGAACUUGAGGACCCACCGGAGGAUUACACAGCUGACGAGGCGUCUGUUGACGAUGAUACUGUGUAUGAACUAGAGGGCGAUGCCAUGGAGGAUGAGGAUGACUGGGAGGAGGUCAACAAGGAGGACACUGCUGCAUGA